AUGUUAAGAAGAAAAAGAAGGGACGUUUUCGUGAGGAGAGAAGAGAAGAAGAAGAGGCAGAGGCAACGAGCUUUGGAUGAUUCCCUGUCUCCACCAUCCGAGGAUUCGGCUACCACGUCAGCCGAUUCGCCUGGUUUCGAGCCUCACCUUGGCGACAACCUUCAAGAUGGCGUUUUGGAGUCCACUGUCGACAGCGCAGAAUCCGCAGCCGCAUCCAAAGCCACGUCUCGAAACGCGGCCAGGGAGCGCAGUCGGGUCCGGAGCCUGCGCAGUGCUUUCCAGGCCCUUCAGAUGUCAUUGCCGUCAGUGCCGCCGGACACCAAGCUGUCCAAGCUGGACGUGCUUGUGCUGGCCUCCAAUUACAUCGCUCACCUGGGGGCGCUGCUAUCCGGGAACAACCAGGAAAAUGCUGAAGCGUGCUUGCAGGAGCAGGUUCCUGCCUUGGAGUCAGCCAGCAGCAGAAGCUACCUCCACCCGGUCAAGAAGUGGCCCAUGAGGUCCCGCCUGUACGCCGGAGCGAGUCCCUACGCCGACGACCGGCCCAAGCGUCACAGCUGCAACGACCAAUGGCAGGCCAAGAAGUCCAGGAGCUCCAAGCAGGCCAAUAAGCGCGGCGCGCUCACGUGACUCCCGCGGCGUGCCGUCAGUAAUAGCUCUCUGACGACAAGUCCAGAC